ACUAAACCAAACGCUACUGGAUAUGCCAAUUAUGAAGAAUGUGGUGGGUCAUUGCUCAAUAAGGACUGGGUCAUCACUGCUGCCCAUUGUUGUCAACCAAUCCCCGAGGGUGGACAUGCUGACAUAAGUUACGGUGGUACAAAUAUAAAUACCCUCCCGUUUAACACGACAUCGUCCAAAAUCGUAUAUCAUCCCCAAUACAAUCCGGCAACUUUUGCAUAUGACUUUUGUCUCAUGAAACUAACCGACCCUGCUCAACAAAGUGACACGGUGCGGUAUGCUACCUUGGCUACUAGCUACCCACCCGCUGGAACCAAAGCAAUUGUCACCGGUUGGGGUCUAACUAAUGGCACCGAUAACAAUUCAGACCCUGCUAAUUUGCAAACGGCUGAAUUGACCAUCAUCGAUCGGACUACCUGUGCCCUAGAAUUGCUAUCAGUGGGCGGACAGGUUCACAAUUACCAGCUCUGCACCCAAAACAAAGACAAGAGCUUUUGUUCAAAUGGCACCCAAACAUUAAUUGAGUAUGGUGGUACAGACUAUAAACAUAUGCCGUUCAAUACGACACAAUCGAAAGUGGUCAUACACCCGCAAUUUAACCUUGCAAAAUUAUCGCACGACUUCUGCCUAAUUAAACUAAACGACACGGUUCCUCAAAGUAGCACGGUGAGGUACGCUACCCUGGCCACUAGCUACCCGCCCGUUGGCUCAAAAGCUAUUGUAACAGGGUGGGGUAAGACUAAUGGCACCGAUGAUAAUUCGUUUGCACAAAAUUUACAAGUGGCUGAAUUGACUGUAAUUGAUCGGGCUACCUGUGCUCGGGCGUGGGCACCAUUGAACACCACGAUUAAGGGUGAUCAUAUAUGCACCUACCGUAGGGAUCAGAGUUUUUGUCAAGGUGAUUCCGGUGGACCUAUGACAGUGAAUGGCCAAUUGGUGGGUGUGGUGUCAUUUGUGGAGGGGGGCUGUCCAUUGGGUGGUAUACCUAAUGUUUUCGGAUUUGUACCGGAUGUUAGAUCUUGGAUAGAGGCGACAAUAAACCCGAAACAGUCAACCAAUUGUAAUGUACCAGCAAGCAAC